AUCAUCCUCCUCCUCGCUUAACUUUCCAACGCCCACAAGCCAUGUCCUUCUUCACACUACUCCUCCCAUGGACUCUUCUCCUUACCGUUCUACUCUCUCUACCCCUCUCUCUCUCCUCCUCUUCCUCCAUCCAUGACCUCCUCCGCUCGCAGGGCCUGCCAGCUGGUCUCCUCCCUAAGGAAGUCAAGUCCUACUCACUCUCCGACGACGGCCUCCUCCAAGUCUUCCUCGACGCUCCGUGCCUCACCAAAUUUGAGAACCGGGUUUUCUUCGACAGCGUCGUGAGGGCCAACCUCAGCUACGGAAGUCUCAUCGGAGUUGAGGGUUUGACUCAGGAAGAGCUCUUUCUGUGGCUGCCGGUGAAGGACAUCAUCGUUGAUGAUCCGGGAUCCGGUCUCAUACUCUUCGACAUUGGAGUAGCUCAUAAACAGCUUUCUCUGUCGCUCUUUGAAGAUCCUCCUUCCUGUAAACCCUCAGGUGCAGUAGUGAAGAAUCAUGUGAAGAAGCAGGGAAAAGGGUUUGAAGCUCUGAGAUAGCUAGGGAGAUGAUUCCUAUCUGUUACAAAUGUGUGUUUUUCUAUAAUUGAGCAGUUUAAAAUUGAUUAGUCUUCUUAUUAAUUAAUGAUAUAAGUAUGUAAUUAGAUGGAGGCUAGCUUGAUUAGAGUAAUUAGGAGAGCCUUUAAAGAGGAAUAGGAGGAGUUAGCAAAGAUGUGAGGAAUCUGAUGUUGUAUGUGCUCAACAUAUUAGCGGUUUCUAAUCUUCUAAUCUUUGUUUUUGCCUUUG